CACCUACGGCCGACCACUCAAAUGAUGGAAUAACCUUUCAGCCUCGUAUGUCUGGAGUCGUCGGAACGAUAACCUUGACCCGAGCUGCAAUAUAAAAGCUCCCGCCCCUCUCGGUGUGGUGAUACACCUGAGUGCUCAAAACCAUGUCCAGCAAGGAGAGGCUUUCCAAGAUAGCAGAACACUUGACACCUACAGACCCCCCUGCAACCUCAAACAAGAUGACAAAGUCCAAGAAUUUCGAGGUCGCCAUUAUUGGUGGCGGCAUCGCAGGGUUGACUUUGGCGAUUGCACUGCAUCACCGCCGGGUGCCUGUGACCAUCUACGAACAGGCGCCGCAAUUCGGGGAGAUCGGGGCGGGCGUAUCUUUCAGCCCCAAUGCCCUGCAGGCAAUGAAAGUAUGCCAUCAGGGCGUAUACGAUGCGUUCGAGAAAAUCUGCACGCGGAAUCUGUGGCCGUCAAAACAAAAGGUCUGGUUCGACUACCUGAACGGCCUUGAAGAUUCCCCCGAAGAUAGCAAGGCCCCGGAGAUUGCGUUCUCCAUCAAGACCAGCAUUGGUCAGAACGGUGUGCAUCGCGCGCGGUAUCUGGACGAGAUGGUGCAUUUGGUGCCCAAAGAAAUCGCUCGUUUUGGAAAGAGACUGAAAGGAAUCCAGGACAACGGCCAUGGGAAGCUGGUGAUGCAGUUUGAGGACGGUACGAGCGCCGAAGCCGAUGCGGUCAUCGGUUGUGACGGGAUCAAAUCGACGGUCAGGCAGAUCAUUGUCGGUCGGGAUCAUCCUUCUGCGUAUCCGGUGUAUACGCAUAAGUACGCUUACCGAGGCCUGGCGCCGAUGGACAAGGCCAUUGAGGCUGUUGGAGAAGAAUUGGCGCAAAACGCGUGCAUGCACAUGGGCCCCGAUGGUCACGUCCUCACCUUCCCAGUUAACCAUGGUCAAACGUUGAACAUUGUCGCGUUCCGAACAUCGCCGGAGGAGUGGCCUGACUUCAACAAGUUGACGAGGCCGGCGAAGCGCGAAGACGCCCUCCGCGACUUCACUGGGUACGGUUCCAAGGUGAUCAACUUGUUGAAAUUGACGAAGCCAGAUCUGGAUGUGUGGGCUAUCUUUGACCUUGGUGAGCAUCCAGUACCAGCCAUGCAUAAGGGCCGCGUUUGCAUAUCUGGAGACGCCGCACAUGCAACGUCUCCACAUCAUGGUGCAGGAGCGGGACUCUGCAUUGAGGACAGCGCGGUGCUCGCGGAGCUGCUGGCCGAUCAACGUGUCCGAGAGCCACAGCACCUGGAGGCUGUUUUUGCGACGUUCGAUGCCGAAAGGAAAGAAAGAGGCCAUUGGCUCGUUCAGGCCAGUCGACAUAUCGGAGACUGCUAUGAGUGGCGAGCGAAGGGUGUCGGGAGGGACUUUGCCAAGAUCGAGGCGGAGAUCAAUAGGCAAAACGGAAUCAUUGGAGAGGUUGACGUAGCCAAGAUGUGCGAACAAGCCAGAGAAGAACUGGGGAAAAGGCUGCAGAGAUAACAGCCUUCGUUCAGAAUCGGGUCUCGAAUUUGGCAGCACAAAGAAGGAAGGGUCACAGUAUGUCUGGAUCCAAGUCAAAAAAGUCCAGGUUCGUGAGAUGCUGUCCGAACCAGGCGUCUGAUAUGCAAUCUCCGCCGAAAGGGUUGAAUUGCCUGAAGUCGAACUCUUGGAGUGCAUCAGAUUCCAUGUGCUCGAUUCCGAACGGAGCACCAUCAGUUAGACCUUCAGGGUUGUCGGUCCCGGCAGCAUUUCCGAGUCCUGCCGUCACAAGUUAGUAUGAACGUGAGGCUAUGGAAACUUGGUCCAACCUUGAAGAUGAGGGUGAGGCUGCGUUGGGGACGUUUGACCUCUCAGUCUUUGAAGAACAGCUAUUGCUUGCGGCGCCGAAACUAUUUGCUCUUUGUAGUGCUCCAAAAUUGACAGGCAACGAUUCCAAC